UUCUUUCGUUUUCAGGGCUCGCAAGUAUCUGUGUGUGGACAGAACAUCACACACACCCUCUACCCUCUCUCUCUCUCUCUCUCUCACACACACACACACACACACACACACAAGAUGACCUCACCCAUCAAGCUCGAGUACCGGGGCCGCCUUGCCAUCAUAACCAUAGACAACCCCAAGAAGCUCAAUGCCCUCGACCAGACCGGCUAUUAUGAGCUUGCCCAGGCCCUGCGUGAGAUCGCAACCCACGACGAGGUCUACAUCACCCUGAUCAUCGGCAAGGGCCGCUACUUCUCCGCCGGAGCCGACGUAUCCAUCUCACGGGCCACGCCCGAGCAGGCCUCGGCCCAGACGGGGGGCUCGUCGGCGCGCCGGCACUGGCUGCAGACCUUUGUCGCCUUCAACCUCAACGUCGCCCGGGCCUUCUACACGCACCCCAAGAUCCUCGUGGUCGGCCUGAACGGGCCCGUGGUCGGCCUGUCGGCCGCCCUGGUCGCCUGCGCCGACUUCAUCUACGCCGCCCCGCACGCCUUCCUGCUCACCCCCUUCAGCUCCCUCGGCCUGGUCGCCGAGGGCGCCGCCUCGCGCGCCCUGGUCCAGCGCCUCGGCAUCGGCCGCGCGAACGAGGCCCUCAUCAUGAGCAAGCGCAUCACCUGCGAGGAGCUGCUCGCAGCCGGCUUCGUAAACAAGGUGUUUGAGCAGUGCGGCCAGGGCGAGGGGGAGGACGAGAAGUUCAAAGCCCUGGUGCUCAAGGAGAUCGACGAGAGGCUCGGCGACCACCUAGUCGGCGACAGUCUGAUCGGCAUCAAGAAGCUGAUCCGGAAGCCCGAGAGGGACGUGCUGGACGCCCAGAACGUCGCCGAGGUCUUUGACGGCUUGGACAGGUUUGUGAGCGGCGUGCCCCAGGAAAUGUUUAGGCAGAUCGCGACGGGAGCCAAGAAGCACAAACUUUGAGGCUGGAAGGGAAAUGCACUUUCUCAUGUCGUGUAAAAUUUUUCUUUUUUCUUUUCUUUUUUUUUUUUUUCCCUUUUUGUUCAG